AUGAAUAAGGUAGCUUGUGACCUUGAGGGUACUGACGUUUAUCAAAAUGAUCUCAUUGUUCAUGGUUCUGAUAAGGUAGUUCAUGACGAUGGACUCAUUGUUUUAUUGCGUCAUUUAAUUAAGAAGAAUAUUACAGUGAAUCGAAAUAACUAUUCAUUUUGUAUACCUAGCUUUGAAUUUAUUGGAUAUCUAGUUGAUGGUAAUGGUUUUAGACCAGAUAUGAAACGACUAGCUUCACCGACAAGUGCAACAUCUUCAAAAAACCUUACAGAAGUACGUUCACCAGUGGGUAUUUUUCAAUACUAUUCCCGUUUAAUUCCUAGUUGUUCUUGUUGUGCAAAUUCUUUAUUUAAUAUUUUGACAUCCAAUUUAUUCAAAUUGAGUUAUUCGCAGACUCAGCUAGAAGCAUUAGCUGUGUUUUGGGCUGAUAAAAGACCUCAUAAAUAUUUAUUAGGAAAAAAAUUCACUAUUGUUACUGACCAUGAAGCUUUAAAAUUUAUUUAUCAUCCUGAAAGGUCUUCAGCACGUUCCUCAGCUGCUAUGGUUCAACGAUGGAGUAUUGCUUUGAGUUCAUAUGGCUAUACGGUUCAGCACAGGAGUGUCAAACAAACUCAACACGUUGACAAUAUUCCUCGACAAUCACCACAAAACGGACCUGGUAAUAAUUCAGAUUGUUUUUUAGUGCAACCUGUAGAAUCCAAACUAAGGUUUGAACUGAGAAAUGACUGUGUGAGUAGUUUAGAUACGCGCUAUUACCGAGUUGAAUCCAAAAUAAGUGAUUAUGCAAGUGACAGUUCUAGAUUUAAUUAUAAAUAUAAAUAUACAUCAUUGUCUAAACAAAUAUUACCACCCAGUCAUUCAACCAAUAAUUGUUCAACCAGUAUGCAAAUCAAAAUUAGAAUAAAUAAACAAAUUGAUAAAAGAUAUAAAAAAUUACCAAGGGAACAAAAAAAUGUUAUUCUAUCCUUUCUGGAUAGAUCACGUACAGAUUCGAUCGGAAGAUAA